AUGGUGAUUCUCAAAAUGGACAAGCUGGAAAGGGGUUCUGUAAUCAGAAGAAAUCCCUUGGUUAGGUCUCAGCAACCAACCACAUUUCUGGGGCAACCAGCCCCUGCUCCUUCUGCAUCCUAGCAGCACCCAACCCAGCCGAUGGCAACCACUGCACAAAUAGUUACUUGAGUCUGGGCAGACAAGCAGGCAGACCAAGUCCAACAAGAUAAGAUCUAGAGAUGUGAAGGCUGAAGGAAAGGAAGGAGAAUCUGGUACCAGAACUGGAGUUUCCUAAAGAACCAUGACCAAAUGGGUAAGAGAAAGAAGCAGAAGCCACUGCCAAACUAUAUGUCUGUGCUCUCAAGCAAAGUUCCCAACUCGACCAAUCAAACUACUGGCAGUCAAAUGAAUACUGAGCUUGGCAGGACUCUGGUAAAUGUGAUCUUCAGCAGUGGCGCAUGAAAGUGGAAACUUGAGGGUGAGCUCCAGCUUUCUUAGUGCUUCAGUAAUAGUAUAACAGCAACAAAGCAGGUUCUUUCAAGGGUAAAAACAGAUCUUGUCCAACAAUGCCAUGAUAGAUGAUCCUUUUCAUAUUUUGGGUGACUGUGCCAUAUACAGACAGCACUACAGAUCUCAUCCAUCUUCCCAUGCAAAUCUACAGUAAGGAUGCAACUAACA